CUCACGCUCCCAUUUGAGCGGGAUAUGCGCUGUCUGCUUAGUAGCCUACCGAUAGACACAGAGAAUUGACAGACAGAAACACACCACGGACACACAUCAGGACCUUCUCCUUAGUUCAAGUUGACAGAAGACAUUGGAUCAUCGCUCAGUUUUCACUGCAAGCCACCAUCUUAGCUCCUGCCCACCUGGAUCCCAGCUUGAAGAAUCUUUCAAAAACAAAUAAAGAAAUGCACUACAUCUAGCCUGAGAAGGAACGAGAGACUGUGUCCCUACACCCCCAUCUCUCCAAGACUUUCACAUACCUUCUCCUCAGAAUAACCUGCAUUGUGAGCACAGAAUCAUUCAGCACCAUGUCCAAGGAGGGUCACGCGUGCAAGGUGACCUCCGUGUGCAAGCACAAGGAGCGCAAACCCAAGAAGCCCCACUACAUCCCACGGCCAUGGGGCAAACCAUACAACUAUAAGUGCUUCCAGUGCCCCUUCACCUGCAUGGAGAAGUCCCAUCUCUACAACCACAUGAAGUACAGCCUGUGCAAGAACUCCCUGUCCCUGCUCAUUGAGUCCGACUGGCCCUAUAAGAAGGGCAACCUGCUGCACCCAGACCAGCUCCGGCCCCUUCAGCAGGCACACUGCCUCCGGUCCGCGGCCGGGAAAGAGGAGCCCGAGCCCGCCACAGGGACCGAGGAGAGGCCCCAGCAGCGGCGUGCGGUGGAGGAGGACGGAGACAAUGGACAGAGUCCGGCAGUAGAGGAGGAGAGGGGACAGGGAGAAGGGGCUGAAGUCAACGGGAUGACCAGAGAGAGCUCCAAUAACAGGGAUUCUUCAGAAGGGACGACCAAGAGAGCAAGUAAGGGGCCUGAACCUGAGCUGCUGAUGGCCGAUAUGUUCUCUCUGGAGGACCAACUUCUGCGGGCACGCUCUGUGGAGGAGGAAGCCCAGCUGAAGCACUACAAGUUGUCCAAGACGUGCCUGACAGCCCCCGGGCUGCUGUCGGAGCAGUGGCGUCUGCUGGCCACCAGCCAAACCAAGGCCAAAUCCGAGGGCGCCCAGCCUAGAGUGGGCAGCUCUAUCCCUUGCUACCCUCUUCCACCUGGCCUGGUGGACUACCAGGAUCCCAUGGGACUCAACCUGUCCGUCCUCGGGGUGGGCUACCCCCUGAGUCCCAGCCUCUUCUCCUAUGUGAACUCAAUGAACGCAAUCCCCACCCCUACCACCAAUGUUAAUACUCCAACUCAUGCGCAGCUAGCCCAGCUCCCCUUUCUGGCGUCGGCCGCUCAGCUCAUGCAACCAGCGUCCGGUGCACACCACGCCGCCGACCGGAGCAUCCUGCCACCCCACUUCUACUACCCCUUCCUCUGUGAGCAUGCCUUCGGUGCAGCCUCCGCUCAGAGUGACAUCAGCAAGGGGCUUAAGACCUCUGCGAAUGGCCUGGAGCCCAACCCCAGUUACCAGCCUAAAAUCAACUUGUGGAAGGUGCCUGCUCUGAGGCCAGGUACCCCUACCACCGCCCCUGCCGCCUGGGUAUCCCCCCAGAGAGAGUCACCAGACCCUUCCUACAGGGCAGGGGACAAGUUUGAAGCUGCAGCCAAGGAGGGGAAGCCAAGCUGGGGCCUCAAGAGGACAGCGGCCACCUUGGGGACCCACAAGUCCCCUGUGGAGAAGAGGCCAGCCCUUGGGUUCACCCUGGAUCUCCUCAAGAACAUUCACAAAACCAAACCAACAGAAAAGCUCCUCCUCCACAGCAGUUUUACGAAUGCUCAGUCUGAAGCCCAGCCAGCAGAGCAGUGGUACACAGAUCCACCCGCAAGCCCAGUCAGUGAUUCGCCCUCUCUGCCGCGUUGUAGAAGACCCAACAGCCGGGACUCUACCACUGGCCAAGGGACGGGGGAGGCAUCUUCAGAACCAACAUCAGCUGCUGCCCUCCUCAGCGAUCUCUCCAAGGCUCUACAGGAGUACCAGGAGGCUGAACGCAAGAUCGCCCACUUGGAGAAAGAAGACCUCCCUGCUCAGGGACACCUAUGGGAACACCUGAACAAGAUCCGGAGCGAGCUCUCCCACAUUCACCAUGCACUGGAGAGGACAGCUCGCCAGAGCGAAGGACCCCUGGACCUCUCGGUCAAGAAGGAACACCCUGGAGUGACCAAUGUGGUUGCCUCUGGCGACCAGGGCCUCGAGGGAGCCUCACUUAAAGAUGAUAUUACCUUGGAGACCGAGGAGGAAGACCAGGAGACCAAGGAGAGGGACGAGGAGGAAAAGGAGAACGAGAGGAGGAAGGAAGCGAUGAAGGCUUCGUUGGAGAGUCGCAAGCAGUCGUUGGACGUGCUGAUCAAGAUGAGUCAGGUGGGGGUGAAGACGGAGGUCCUAUCCUCAGGAGGGUUGGGGUUGAGGCCCAGCCAGGCGGAGGGUCUCUGGCCAGGCAGGACCACCAAGUGUGAGGCUGACUCAAGCGUGCUGCUUUGCCCCGAUGGACGGCCCCUCGCGGUCUUCAAUGACUUCCCCACCUUCUCCACCAAAAACACCAAGAGGCCCCCGUCCAUCCAGCAACUACGGGAACCUCAAUGUCCGCCAAGCCCCUUGACCACAAUAGACUCCUAAACCUCUCCCGAGAAACUCAAUUUCCCAGCUUGCCACACACCUGAAAGCCCUCCUUAAGACUCCACAGUAGCACAAUUUUAUUUUGUUCAUGCACUCCCAGACUCUCACUGUCCAGGCAAGCGCUUACACCACUGAUGUACUUUACAACACCACCCCCAUCUCCCCAUAAAGACGGCAAGCAUAGUACCUUCAAUAAAAGGGGCGAAUGAAGAAGUGGCUGAGAAGAAGUGACAAUUAACAUAAGACUAGUACCCUCAAUCAGUUCUCCCUAUUAAAAUGGUGAUUGUUGACACAGGAUUAUUUGGGAAAACUAUUCCAAUGGGCAGUAGCGAUGCUUGAAAUGAAAGACUUAUGCGACAAAAAAUACAUUUGCUUUUAAAAGAGUGACUGCAGAACACAUAAAAAUAAAUCCUUGAAUUCUCUUACAAUUCUGUCCCAAGUUGAGAGACAAUCCUGUGAACUGAUUUGUACAUAAUGUAAUUUAUUUGAUUAAUGUAAUCAAAAUGAAUUGAGAAGUAAAUGUUAUGUUUUAUAUUAUGUCUUGUUUGAUUGUCUUAUGUGUCUGAUUAAACCAUUGCACUGUACAUGUCCACUGUACAUGCCUAUAUCAAAUGCACUUUCAUUUAUUUGA